AUGAGACUACAAAUAAACAAAGAAGUUUUGAGCUCAUUUGAACCGAGCAAGAUAUUUCGAAAUCAGAUUGAUCAAUCUCAAAUAACAUCACUAGAUUAUGAUAAUUCGGGACAAUUUUUAAUAUCUGCAGGGAAUAAUGAAGCUAUUGACUUAUAUGACUGUGUCAAGGGAAAACAUUUGAAGAAUAUAGUGAGUAAGAAAUAUGGGUGUCAUUUAGCUAGAUUUACACAUGAUUCUGAGAAAUGUUUAUAUGUCACAACAAAAGUGGGAGAAGAACACAGUAUACGAUAUUUAUCGUUGAAUAAUAAUCAAUACAUCCGAUAUUUCAGGGGCCACCAGGGACUUGUCAAUUCAAUGGAGAUAUCACCUACAGAUGACGAUGUAUUUUUAACGAGUUCGUGGGAUAACUCGGUUCGAGUUUGGGAUUUAAGAAGCUCGAAUUGCCAAGGCUUUAUGAAUUGCAAGUCACCGAGCUUUGUUUCUAUCGAUCCAUCAGGAUUAGUUUUUGCUAUUGGGAAUUCUAGUACUAAAGAGAUAGGGCUAUAUGAUAUAAGAAAUUACGAUCAAGAACCAUUUUUAACGAAUGUAAAUUGGAACAAGUUGGAGUUUUCUAAUGACGGGAAAUACAUUAUAAUCGGUACAAGCAAUGAUGAUUCACACUAUGUGAUUGAUUCCUACGAGGGUGAUUUGGUUGGAAAACUCCAAGGGUUCAAAACAAUCCCCCCAAGAAACUACCCAGACACUGGAUCAGUGUCGUUGCUAGCAGAUGGACGAUACGCAAUCGGAGGCUCGGGGUCCAGAGAAAUGAUGAUUUGGGACCUCCAGGAGUUAGGCGCUGGAGGGGACAGUGGAAUGGGCAGUGAUAGCGAAUUGAAGGCAGAGAAGGUGGGAAUUCCGCGAAUGACAUUGUUCAAUCCCAAAUUCAUGAUGUUUGCCACCGCCGACAUUGACGUGACAAUGUGGUUGCCGGACAUCGAUGACACACAGAAUAUCAAAUAG